AUGUACGUGUCUGAAAGGGGAAAUGAUCGUGUGAUGAAAUGGGUGGAAGGUUCAAAACAAGGCAUUGUCGUGGCUGGUGGUCAAGGAUAUGGAAAUGGUCUUACACAAUUGUCUUGUCCUGGAGGAGUCGUUGUCGAUCAAUUGGGCACUGUCUAUGUGGUCGAUGACGAGAAUGGUCGAAUCAUGGGUUGGCCCAAAGGAGCCACACAGGGAAGUGCCAUUGUUUGUGGAAACGGUAGAGGAGGGCAAUCGAACCAACUCAAUCGACCCAUCGGUUUGUCAAUCGAUCGACACGGCAAUCUUUACGUCGUCGACUGA